UGAGAAUGGGGGCGUGCUCUGUCCUCCUUUUCCUGUAGUUCACAAUCAACUCCUUUUUCUUGGUUAUUUGUUUUUCAUUUGUGUGUACUUAAAUGAAGUAACUCAGUAACUCAUUAUGUCUGACUCUCUUAUUGACCUGUUAGAUAAAUAAUCCAGUCAUGUUCAGGAAACCAAGUGCUUUUGAUAAACUGAGCAAAUAAUACUGGGCACUGCAGCCUUUUCUCACCAUUAAUGUGUUUACCAGACUGCCACUCUAAUGCGUUUGUAUUUUAGAUGGUGUGGAUGGCUGUAAUCAAUUCAUAGAAUGUCAAACUGACCAAUUGGAACCCCAUUCAUAAGCAUCCAAUUAAAUUGAUACUAUCACAAGUAACCUAGUAGUCUGAGUCCCACUCUCUUUACCUAACAUGCUAUUCCUUGCCACUCAUUGUCAUUGCCAAAGAGACUGGCCUUUACACAAUCUCAACGUUCGCUGGAUUUAUGGUGGAGUUGCUCAUUGGUUGUCGGAAAUAACAUUCAUAUUUUCCAUGACAACAUGUGGUGCCUCGGAAAUAGAAAUAGAAUUUAUAACAAAGUCAAAACCAACAUUUAGCUGUUAGCUAGGCAAGUUGUUGUAUUUUGACAUUUUGUGGUUGGAAUUGCAGUAUGUAUUUAGUGUGAGAAUUUAGACUUCAGCUAGCAACUUUGAACAUAGUGUUUUAGUCUGGACAAAUAAAAAACGGUUGCUAUACCAACGUGUUCUGUGGAGUUCCCAUAUUUGCAUAACCGUUGUGAUUGGAGGAUAGCUGUGAGGUUGAUUGAAUCAGGAUCAAAUCCUCUGAAUCAGGAUCAAAUCCUCUCAUUAAUGAUAGAAGGUUCAUAUUUGAAGUUGGAAGAAAGGCCAGUCUCUUUUGCACAUGACAUGGAGUACAAGGAGUGGAUUAGCUAAAGAGACUGGUACCCACAAAAUCCAUAAAAUGUUACAUUUUCCACAACAAUGUAUAUGCUAAUACAGCCAUCAAUGCAUUAUAAUAAGUACACCCAACUAAUUACAGUUUCAUCUUAAAAGUACAGAGAACUAGGCUAUAUCAAGUCCUGUCAACACAUUGUAAAAAAAGGUAUAGUGAUAAAUAAAUACAAAUACUAUUUCAACUGGACUUUUAUCAGCAUUUACAGUUGGGCUGAUUAAAAAUAAAUGUUUAUGUACUGCAAAGUGGAUAUAACAACUACACCGUCAUAUAUUUCAUUACAUUGGCUAGGUUAUUGUUAGAUUGUAAAAAAACUUGCCGCUGCGAGACAGUUUGUCAGUGCUGCAACACAGGCAUUUUGAAAAAUCACUUUUGAACCAGCACACCUGUACGGUGUGUAAUGGUUAAUAUAUUAUGAGGAAAUUCGGGGAUCCAGUAAGGUAUUUCCAGUGUACAUUAUGUUAGCCUGUGAUUCACUGUGUAUUCAGACCUCAGUUUUGGUAUUGGGGAGUAGCCUACUGUUGUUCUAAGGAACAGUCAGGGCUGCUGUAGAAACAGUCUAAUUGGACAGAAACUGAAUAUCUACUAUUUUUUAUAAAAAAUAAUAAGUUGGUUUCCAGGAAACAAAACAUACCUGACCUCAUGUAGAUAAAAUACCAAUGUGUGUUAGUAAAUAUGAACUGUGAGGAUUUCUUUGUUAAUUUCAAUUUAAUCAAACACUGGCAUUGACCCAAAUCAAGCAAGAUAAACUCAUAUUCGUUGAAGCAUGGUGGACUGGCACUGCUUCUGAUGAUAAACAGGGAAAUGAUAAGAAACCAUUAUAUUGUCAUAUCACUGACAGGGUUGACAUUGCUGAUGAAAUGAGGUUAGGAGAUUGGUUACGGGUAGGAGGGACCUCCUUAUACAGGCAGAGCCUUUGAGUGGACGGUUAGGUGUUCACACAACUCUGAUCAGUACAGACAUACUUUCUGAACUCAUUAGAUCUUCUACCUUUGGAUAGGAUAUGACAUUUUGAACAGAGCGAGCUUGGAUUGUAACAAAUCACAAACAAACUGUGGACUAGACCUUUACAGAAUGAGAAACAUCAUGCACUUGACCUUUGGCUUCUUUUCAUGCCAAUCCAGCAAGAUGACGGCUAAAGCUGAGAUGGAAGCUGAGGAGGGCUACAUAUCCCCCCCGCCCACCCUCCCUUCCACCCCGUGUUCCAUCCACUUGGGAGUCCAGGCGGGCAGUAUGAGGAGGGGGAGCGACGUCCUCUCAACCAGCAGGGGCACGGUGAGGGAGAGGGGCCGUAACCGCAGCUGGCUACUCUCUAGCAUCAUCACGGUCAACGUCCUGAUCCUAGGUAUUGCUCUGGUCAGUGGCAGUGUCUUCAACAACGUCAAGAUCAACGCCAUCAAUCUGCAGAUCUUCCUCAUCGUCCUCGUCAUCCUCACCACUGCCUGGAUGCUGUACUACACCAUCUACACAUCCAGGGAAGAUCAUGCUGUGCUCUACAAGGAUAGCCAUGCCGGGCCUGUGUGGCUCAGGGGUGGACUGGUGCUGUUUGGCAUAUGCAGUCUGAUUAUGGACGUGUUUAAGAUUGCUAACUACGUAGGCUACCUGCACUGUGACUCUGCUGUGAAGAUAGCAUUCCCUGUCGUACAAGCUGUAUUCAUACUUGUCCAGACAUACUUCCUCUGGCUCCACGCUAAAGACUGUGUACAACUACAACGGAACAUAACUCGCUGUGGGCUGAUGUUGACUCUGUCUACCAAUCUGAUGUUGUGGAUGGCAGCAGUAACAGAGGAGUCCCUACAUCAGACUGUUGUUCCACCAGAGGACGGCAACAGCACACAUUCCUAUGACAUCAGAGCCCCUGGCGGAUACAGCAGCUGUAACUGCAGCCACUCUGCUUGUGCUGUCUUAGAGAAAGCCUAUUACUACCUGUACCCCUUCAACAUCGAGUACAGCCUGUUUGCCUCGGCCAUGGCCUACGUCAUGUGGAAGAACGUGGGCCGCCUGGUAGACGAGCACAACCACCACUCACUCCAUUUCCGCUUGAAGGACGUGCUGGUGGGGCCUGCGGUCGGGCUGGUCAUGCUGGUGGCGGGCCUGGGAACCUUUGUCAUCUACAAGGUGGACGUGGAGAAGGGGGACCCAGGGAAACGUGACACGGUGCUGAUGAUACACUACGUGAUGAACACAGUGGCUGUGACGCUCAUGUCCGUCUCGACCGUGGCUGGUUGCGGCAUCUACCGGCUGGACCAGAGGGACCACGUGUCGGGGAAGAACCCAACACGGAGCCUGGAUGUAGGCUUGCUGAUCGGCGCCUCAUUUGGACAGUUCACCAUCUGUUAUUUCACCAUCGUGGCUGUGGUGGCAACGGGGGCCGAGGGCCACCUCAACGCUCUCAACCUGGCUGUCUCCCUGCUCACUGUGAUCCAGCUCUGCCUGCAGAACAUCUUCAUCAUCGAGGGCCUGCAUCGCGAGCCCUUCCACGAAGACAUGCACCAGGCCUCCGUAUUCACAAACCCAUACGUCCUUCAAGCCCAAGCACAUAGAGACAUACACAACCUCCCAGGGACAUUCAUGGAGACCAAGUCGUCCCCGGCCCUCACAGUUCACAGUAUGCAUGUUGCUCCUUCUGCUCCUUCUGGCUCCCCCCUGCCUCAACGCCAUAGGCUGACAUGGAAGAGGAGAGCCCUGAAGGAGAUCUGUGCAUUUCUGCUGCUCUGCAACAUCCUUCUCUGGAUCAUGCCGGCGUUUGGCGCCCGCCCUCAGUUUGACAACACGAUUGGAGCAGAGUUCUACGAGUUCACCAUGUGGGCGGCUGUUGUGAAUAUCGGACUCCCCUUCGGAAUCUUUUACCGUAUGCACUCAGUCGCCAGCCUCUUUGAGGUCUUCCUAACCUCCUAAGCAGGCAAAUUACAGAAACAAUUCUGAAAAUGUAUAAAGAUCUGUUUUAUUGUUAUACUUUGUUCUGUCCUGAGCAUGCACUCAAACAUAUAUAAAGGAUAUAAAGAAUAACAUUAUGUAAUACAAUUUCAUUUUGAAUGAAAUAUGUCAAUAUCAGUGAGCUAUUAAACUGUAUCUAGUAAACUGUAUAAAUAGUUGUAUAUUAAAUUAUAAUUGAUGAUGACUUUGUAAUAAAUUGCACAUACAUUUACGUAAAACUUU